CUCCUGUAUCGAUACGUUUCCGUUUAUAAUAACAAUACCAAUAUAACACUCUUAUGCACAGGAAAUCAAGCAUGACAUAUGAUAAGCGUGAAAAUGUUGACAGUAGAUUUAAAAGAAAAUAUAUGCAAAUUAAAGAAGAAAUAAUAUGUUGUGUUGUUGGUACAAGUGGUACUGUCGACGCUCACAAUGUUUGUACUUCAUAGUUUUUUGAUCUCUCUGGUGUCGCCUACUGCUUGUUCUUACUAUUUACAAUGUCCGGAAGUAUCUCAGAGACCGUUAAGAGCAUCAGCAUAUUGCGCAAACAGUUUUAGAUCAGAAUACACGUGUCUCUAUGAUACAAAUAGGUUAUGGUUUUCUGAACAGUGUAACAAGAAUCCAGAUUAUGUAACGCGUGGCGAGAAGUAUGUAAUAACUGGACGUCUUAGAAAUGUCGACUGUUCGUCAGAACGAUAUCAGCCUUUCCCAUUAUGGUCUAACGUUAGUGGAGUUUGCCUGUUUCGAAAGACGCUGUGUGAAGGAGAGGGCCAAGUUGUCUUUGAUAAUGGUACCCUUAUUUCAGAUGGAGCUUGCCGCUGUGAUUACACAAAUGGCUAUAAAUUUAUUCAACAACCGAAACAAAAUUGCUUUUGCAUACCAUCAGCUGAAGAUUGUUCAUGUUACAUAAGUAAAUGUGCUAUUGGCUCUAUUUUAUCGUCAGAUUAUAAAUGUGUUAGAGGAGAACAUAGUAAUGACUCGAAAUGUCCUACUUUAGAGAAGAAAAGUGGCAGUCUGCAUUCCCAAAUCAUUAAAAGAAAUAACGAUGAAGUAAUUGAAAGAAGUUUUAACAAGUAUGAUUUCAAUAUGGUCGUGGUCCCAGGUUUUGUAGUUUGUCCACUUAUGCUGCUAGCGAUUGUAAUUUGGGGUAAGGUUUGGAGGCCUUUUUACUAUAAGAUGAUUAUGGUACUAUUACUUUUUGCUGCGCUAUUUUCCAGUAAUGUUAUUGCCAUCAUAUUUGUGGAACACAAUUGGAAUAUUGUAGCAGUUGGAGUUUCUAUAUUAGUAUUUUGUGUACUAUUGGGUACUGUAUAUGUGGUGUUCCUUUUUUCCACUCAUCAAUUAGUGCAGCCUCCAAAUGUGUACAAUGAGCAUUACGAGUUACAGAUUUAUAAAUUACUCAAAGCAGCUUCUGAAGGUGACAUGAAACAGUUAAAAAGAAUAUGUAACCAAAAAUACAUUGAUAUAAAUGAUACAGAUUACGACACAAGAAGUGCGUUGCAUUUAGCUGCAUGUGAAGGAAAGUAUGAUGCAGUGGUAUACCUUUUGCAGAACAAUGCUGGCCAUCUCGAAAGAAAAGAUAGGUGCUUAGGACAUACAGCUGCUGAGGACGCAGCAUGGUACAUUGGACGUAAUGAUAGCAAUGCACCAACACGCAGUUUGCAAAAAAUAAUUGAUCUUUUAAAUAAAGAUAGACGUUUACAGAAAUAUAAGUGUAGUUUUAAAGAUUGUGUUGUUAUGAAAAUGAUGAAAGCUGCAGAAUUUGGAGAUGUUUCCGUAUUGCAAAGUUUGCACGAUAUGGGAACUGAUAUGAACCUAUCAGAUAAUGAUGGUCGAACAGCAUUACAUGCAGCAGUUGAAAGGAAUCAAGAAAAGGUUAUACACUUCCUAAUAGACGUGUGUAAGGUUUCGCCAUUCCAGAGAUGGAGGGGCCAACGACCAGGAGAUCUUAUUAAGCCUCAAUUUUGCACUCCUGAAAUUGCAGAACAAUUGAGAAAUUAUGCGAACAAAGAACAGUUGGAACAAGAGUCUUGUUGGCAGAAGAAAGAACAAGAGAAAAAUGUAAACGAGGAUUUAAAGAUUGUUCGAAUAUUGAACAGUGCAUUAAGAGGGGACAUUCGUCGAAUAAGAGCAUACAAAGAAGCAGGCUACAAUAUGACAGUUUCAGAUUAUGACAAACGAACAGCAUUGCAUAUAGCAGUGAAUAAUAACCAAGAACAAGUUGUGGAGUUUUGACUGAAAGAUUGUCGUCUGGUAAAGGAAGCAGACACAGCUAAGGAUAGGUGGGGAAAAACACCGUUUGAGACAGCCAUGAAGGAAGGAAAAGAAAAUAUAGUCAAACUUUUUCGUGACUAUUGUCCACAUUUACCUAGCACAGUAAAAGUUGACGAACAAGUAUUUACCUUAUUUAUUUCUGGUGAAGACGUUGAAGUUGAAAAAUUUAAAAGGUUAUAUGAAAGUGGAGAAAUACUUAAUAUUCAGAAUUCUAGUGGAAGUAUAGUUUGGAAGCUAGCUGCAGAUAAAUGGAAUACUGAUGCCAUACAAUAUUCAAAAGACAAAAGCCAAGGCAAUGAGAAAAGACACAGAGGUGUGAUUGUAACCUUUAAAAAGGAAAUUAACCUAAGACAGACAGUCAAUUGACUUACAGAUUAACUUAAGUAUGAAGAGCUGACCAAAUAAUUAACUGUAUCCUUGACAGAUAUUUCAACAAUUGAUGAUAUUUUGAAAUGUUCUUGUCAAAAAGUUUACUUAAGCAUAGAAAAGGCUCGACCAAACGUUGACUUUGAAACAGGUCUUUGGCAAUCAGGGCAGUCCAUUUCGACAAACACCUUUGUGCAGGACUCUUUGAAUUCCAAAUUGUGUUGUGUCGUUGUCUAAAGUUACGGGAGGGGUGGCGCAAACAAACUAGUUUAACACCGCCACAUUAUGUGUCUGUCCCAAUGGCAGGAGCCUAUUUUUCAGUGGUUGCCAUUUGUUACUGUGUAACAUGUUUGUUUUUCGUUCAUUAUUUUGUACAUAAAUUAGGCCUUUAGUUUUCUAGUUUGAAUUGUUUCGCAUUUGUCAUUUUGGGGUCUUUUACAGCUGAAUAUGCAGUAUGGGCAUUUCUCAUUGUUGAAGGCCAUACGAUGAUCUCUAGUUUUAAUUUCUAUUUCAUUUAGUCUCUUGUGUAGAGUUGUCUCAUUGGCAAUCAUACCACAUCUUUAUUUAUAUUCACUUGACUCAACAAAAGUUUGAAUUUGAAUUUAGAAUGUUAGGGGGUCCUAUGACGAAGUUUGCUUAAAAUUUAACUUGAAAUUGGUUCUUAGAUCAGUGGGAAUGGUAAUUAAACAUAUCUAAAAAUAAGUUUGAAGAGUCAAAAAGUCUCGUCAUCAAUUUAACUUGAUAAACAAUGCACAGGUUAUUACGACAUCAAUCUGUACGAAAUAAUAAUAACAUUUACAUCUUCAUAUUCCUUGUAAUCAUUGGCAGGUGAUAGCCUACUAUUUAAGCCGUUUUACUCAGUUUCCGUCAGUCGUUUAGUUCGUUCACCUGUAGUUUAAUAUAUUUGGUAAAAAGAUGCAUUAGUUUGUUGAUGCAGAUAUGGACACAGAUGGGCGAUUUCAAAAUUGGUAAUAUGAUAAGUUAAAGCUACAGUAGAUUGCCUGUUUUCAAAUCUCGUAAAUCAAUUUUAAAUAAAAGGUAUCAAGGAAACAAACACAAACACUGAGGGAAUCGCAAGAACUCCAAAAUCAUACAACUGAUCAUUUCAUCUUUUCACGUGUCUACCUUUUGUUUUUCGACAGUAACGUACCCUCUGUUCCAUCUUGUGGUGUUUAUGUAUUUUCAAAGGGGUAGAAGAAACCAAAGGGGGUAAUACUACCUUAUCAAAUAAAAAACUAGUGUUUGUUGAUAUUAUCAUAUUAUGCAGGAACAGAAAAAGUGCACAACGAAAUCCAGUUAAGUUUUUGAAUCAAUCAUAAAAUACUUUAGAAUUAUUAUAUCUAGGCCUUUUCGUGCCCUAUCAAAUUUCCAGAUGCAAUGUGUGUCUGCAAUCAGAGUAAACUUUGUGGUGUUAACAUGGCCAUUGCAGCCAAAAUGUCUAGAUAAACCAUCAAAUCCGUUACUAAACAUUGUAAUUUUAGGCCGUGUUUACACCAAACGCCAUGUAAAGUAAACAUGUUUACAAUUAGUGUAAUGUAAUGUACACUGGUUUCACAUUAAAUUCGUUCACAUCCAUACACCUGGUUUUAUUACCUGAACAUUAGAUUUGUUCACACUUGUAAACUAUAUGUCAUUUAAAUGCUUAUUACAUAGAAGCAAAUUCUCGGACAACUUAUCUAGCAAUUUAAUAUGGAACGACGAUUUGACUUCAA